AUGUCUCACUUCACACUUGAGCCUGCAUCUUCUCUUCUAAGCUAUCCUCCUUGUCUCUUUCCAUUUUCCCCCCAUAUUUACUCCAUUAUUGUUGUCUCAACUUUACAUUGCUUUCUCUGUGUUUUGAAUGUUACUUAUCUAAGACUAUUUUAACAUCAAUCUUAUGUAACUUUGCUUCAUCAACCCCUUUUUUUUCUCUAAUUAAUUUUCCAUGGCUUUAAUCCAUUCUUUAUGUCGUGUCUCAUUUUCGGCUCUGGUAAUUGUCGUAUUAUAUGUCUCACCGGCACUUUCGACAUCGAGGGGAGCAUCGGGAGACUUGGAUAAGGUUCGAAAUGGGUUCAGGGUUAUGCUCAAGCAUGUUGAUUCGGACAAGAAUUUAACCAAAUGGGAGCGGAUGCAACGUGGGAUAAAGCGUGGGAACCAUAGGCUGCAGAGGUUGAAUGCCAUGGUUUUGGCAGCAGACACGGAUUCUGCCACGGUUCAAGCGCCUGUGGUUGCGGGGAAUGGGGAGUUUCUAAUGGACUUAUCGAUCGGGACGCCACCGACGAGUUACUCUGUGAUAUUGGAUACCGGCAGUGAUUUGAUAUGGACUCAAUGCAAGCCUUGCACCCAAUGUUUCGAUCAAUCCACCCCGAUCUUCGACCCGGAAAAGUCUUCCACGUUCUCCAAGUUAUCUUGCUCGAGCGACCUAUGCUCCGCGCUACCUCAAUCAACAUGCAACGAUGGAUGCGAGUAUCUCUACACCUAUGGUGAUUACUCGUCGACACAAGGGGUCAUGGGAACCGAUACAUUCACAUUCAACAAGGUUUCGGUUCCAAAAAUCGGAUUCGGGUGCGGCGAAGACAAUGAGGGCGAUGGAUUUUCGCAAGGUGCAGGCCUCGUUGGGCUCGGACGCGGACCCUUAUCGCUAGUUUCGCAACUGAAAGAACCCAAGUUUUCUUAUUGCUUAACCUCCAUCGAUCAGACACAAAAGAGCUUACUUUUGAUGGGGUCAAUAGCAAGUGGGAAAGAAUCAUUAGGUGCAAUGAAAACCACACCAUUGAUACGUAAUCCAUCACAGCCAUCAUUUUACUAUCUUUCACUUCAAGGCAUUACCCUCGGAAGCACUCCCUUGCCUAUCAAGAAAUCAACUUUUGCACUCCAAGACGAUGGCACGGGCGGCGUAAUCAUCGACUCCGGCACCACAAUCACAUACCUAGAACAAGCUGCUUUCGAUGUGCUGAAGAAGGAAUUUAUUUCUCAAAUGGGGCUUUCCGUCGACAGUUCGAGUUCAACAGGUCUUGACCUAUGCUUCAGCUUGCCGUCGGAUUCGACGCAAGUCCAAGUACCCAAACUGAUAUUCCAUUUCGUUGGAGCGGAUUUAGAUUUACCGGCAGAAAAUUAUAUGAUCGCCGACUCGAGCUCGGGAGUGAUUUGCUUGGCGAUGGGAAGUUCGAGUGGGAUGUCAAUCUUUGGCAACGUUCAACAGCAGAAUAUGUUGGUUGUUCAUGAUCUAAAGAAGGAAACGGUGUCUUUCGUUCAGACACAAUGCCAAAAUGUAUGAUUUCAUUUUCGUUUGUGUGUUGAUUUGUAACUUUUCUCUUAUGGUUCACAAUUUCUUGUAUAGAUAAUAGAU